CGAUGAACAAACAACAGCAAAGCAAAGCUGCUUGUGAAGCCAUGCCUAAAAGAGAGGGGUUCUGUGAUGUGGAGUUAAGUAUAGUAGUUAUCGGAAGCAGUGGACCAUCUCAGUUUCUUCUCACCAACUUCAUUUUGGGAAGGGAGGCAUUUUCAAAGGAAGUCUACAGCAUUGCAGCCAGCCAGAAAAGCCUGGGAGAGUUGGCGGGGAGAAGGGUUGCAGUAGUCAACGGACCGAACCUGUACAACGAUGACCUGUCCAAGUCCAAAAUGAGGAAAGAGCUGAGAAGAGCAAUGUGUUUGUCCUCUCCCGGACCUCAUGCUGUCCUCAUGGCUUUUGACCUGGAGAAAAUCUCCCCUAAUGACAUUAAGGCUCCCAAGUUGGUAAUGAAGAAAUUCGGAGAGACUGUUUUAAACUACACCAUGAUCCUCCUGCUUUACGACGGGCAUUUGAGAGGCAGAGCGCUCAACGACAGGGUCAUGAGAACCGACUGGCAUCUGAGGGAGCUUGUGGAGCAGUGCAGCUGCCGGUAUCACAUCUUCAGUAAGCACUGGAAGAACAGAGACGGGAGCAACGAGCUGUUGCAUAAGAUUGAGCGGAUUCUGAGAGCCGUGGACGGCCACCGCUACAUUAACAGAUCUUAUCAGAGGGCGGAGGAGAGCGUCAGGAACGAGGCGAGGAAGCUGCAGAAGAAGAGACAGGCAGAGAUUGAGUGGACACGGCGGGAACUGGAGGUGCAGUUUCAGGGAGACGAGCUGCACUGGCAGAUGGACGUCUAUAAUGCGAGCGUGGGAGCAGAGAUCCGGGCUGAGGCAGAGCUGGAGAACCGUUGGCUCAGGACUUCACUGACUGUGGGGCUGGGGGUGGGGUUUGGAGCAGGAGCUAUCAUGGGAAUGAUAGUGGGGUCUGUAGAAGGGCCAGCAGGAAUGGCAGUAGGAGGGGCUGUGGGAGGAGUUGUGGGCGGGACAUCGGGUGCUGCUAUUCAGGUAGCCAUCAAACAUCUGGAUGAAAGAGUGGGGCCGCAUGCAAGCAAUUUUAAUUCGGCUUUUGUUAGUCGCUUCUUUAGGGAACCUCGGGUCUGAGUGUGGAAAACAAGUAUUUUUAAGGUGAUGUAUUAUUUGUAAAUGAAUGGAACAUUGACGUUUUUCCAUUUGUCAGCGAAACCCAAAUACAUAAAGGUUAACUCAAUGGUAGCCUAAUAUGUGGGCUGUUCUGAAUUUCGAUCACAGCACAAAACCUUGUCAUGAUCUCUGUAUGUUAAGCUGGAAUAACAAAUAUUUUAAAAACAAAAACUUCACGCAUUUUAAGCAAAUAUUCUUACAAAAAAAUUCUACA